UCAACUCAAAAUUUUAAAAAACCAUAUCCAUUUUUUUAAACUUUCAAGUCCAAAUUUAAAACUCUCAGUUCAUCUUUUAAAAUUUUAAUUCAACCAGUCUGUUCGUUAUUUUGCUAUAAAUAAUCACGCUUAUGCUAAUCUAAUCGCGUUUAGCGCUAAGCGAGGGGAGGGGCGCGUCUGCGUGUGGCAUGGCGCCGUGCGCGCGAGUUACUGUAGCAGCGCGGAUGCGCGAGUUACGAGAGAAGCGGAAAACUGAAAACGCGCGAGAUCUCGCGUAUUACUCCUUGUCACGGACAGUUUGAGAGCGGGAGGCCUCCUCCCAAUCUCCCCCCUUCCCCUUCCAUAGUUCCAUGGUGGCGCUCUUCAGACGCGAGCGCGAGGAGCACCGGGUCCGCUUGCCGGUGGCCGGCCUGACUCGUUAGCCGCCGUCCCGUCCGGGGCGAAAGGAAGCAUACCUCGCUCACUCCAUUUGGAGCUUCCCCCAUCCGCACGCGCACCAGCUGUUCGACGAAAUGCCACCGCGCGCUCUGCCCCCAGUGGAGGACGACGCCGGCAGGGACUGGCUCGGUGACCUCCCCGAGGAGGUCCUCCACCACAUCAUGUCCUUCCUAGACGCGCGCCAGGCCGUGCGAACCUGUGUGCUGUCGCGGCGGUGGCGCAACCUCUGGCGUACCGUGCCUUGCAUCAACGCUGACUUCGAUGAGUUUGAUCUCGUCUUUUACCAAGGGGACGACGAGGACUAUGAUGACGUGCUGGCGUUCAAAAGGUUUGUUAACCGUCUGCUGGAGCUCCGCGAUCCCACCGCCAUGAUAGACACCUUCUGGCUUAGGUACACCACCAGACCAGAAGGAAACACGAAUUCCAAUGAAGAUGCCUACGGGUGGAUUAGCCACGCUUUGCAGAAGCAGGCCCGGGUUUUAGAGGUUGUCGUGUUCUGCUGCUUAUUUGAGCUGGACCACUCGGUGUUUACUUCCUGCUACCUGAGAAGAAUUGCGUUCUCCGGUAUUGUUUUAUGCAAGGGUUUCUUCGCACAACUUGAAGCUGGCUGUCCAGCAUUGGAAGAUCUCUUCUUACAUCAAUGCGGCGUUCACGAUGACGAAAUCUCCUCCCAUACACUGAAGGUUUUGACCUUCGAUAGUGUUUUUUUCUACAUGCCGAUGGACACUGUUGAAUUCACCUUGCUGAACAAGACAUCUAUUUCUCUUCCAAGUGUUACUUCUCUGACCAUAUCUACUCCCGAGGGUUUCACACCUAUACUAAAGGACACGGCAUCAGUAGUGACUGCAUCAGUAUCAGUAUCAGUUACAAUGUCUAGUUUUAGAUUUCGUUUUGAUGCUAAUGAUCUCGGCCAGUAUCUCCAGAGCCUUUCCGGUAUUACAAAUUUAGAGUUCAACUAUCAGGGUUCAAAGUUGACAAUCGAAAACCAUUUGCAAUGGUGCCCGGAAUUCCUCAAUGUUGUCAACCUGACUCUUGGUCAAUGGUGCCUGGAUUCAAACUUCUAUGCCCUAAUUGUCUUCCUUCAGAACUCACCUAGACUACAGAAGCUAACUCUGAAACUCGAAAAGAUCACCUGUUUUUGUUGCUGUAGAGUAAUAUGAGAAUAAGUCGAAGAAUCAUUGGCGAGCUUACGGAAAUAUCGUUUACAUGCGAGCACCUUAAUACUGUUGAAGUGAUAUGCUCGGAGAAUGAUCCCCAGGUCAUCACUGUGCAAGAUUUCUUUGUUAGCAGUGGCAUGACCUCUGUUCAGUUUCAUAUCAAACACUGGAGCCCGUACGCGAAUGACCUACCGGCAUUUAUUCGGUCGAUAUGAAAUGGCAAAGGAUCACGAAUUAGUUUGCCAUCCCAUUGAAGAAAAUCACUCUCUUUCGCCUGUCGGCUACAUCUGCUGGUUACAGUAGAGUGUUCAGUGAUCUUGUUUGGUGCUUUCUGCUAUGACGUGAAGGUGAGUAGAAACAAUUGCAUCUUGCCUUGCAUGUAAGGUCAGUGGUAUUGUACUUGUUUGCUGCGAUCACAUGAUGAUUUGUAGCAAUAAUGAUGCUCCAAGAAAAAUACUGUAUGGCUAUGGCGUCUCCUGAUACAGCCUGCCACUGCUUUCUCAACUUGGCUGGUCUCCGGUGAAACGUAUUGUAUUUGUCUCUCUCCUAAUAUAAUCCCAUGUUAUAGUGUUGUAUU